ACAGCGGUCGAAGAAGGGGGAAAAUAGGCGUAAGCGAACGCGUCGCUUUAACCUGACACGUAAACAGGGCGGGAAAAAAAACAGCAAAAUGUUGAAAGCGUUGGUAAGGAAGCGACUAAUUGCGGCCGCCGACGAAAUCUUCGGACUGUUUGAGAGAACGAUCGCGUCGUACGAGGAGCAACUUUGUCGGGCGAGGGAGGAGAACGAAGGACAACGACGACAACUGCAAGAGGUUUGCUCGAAGACUCGAAUCGAAGAACCACGGUCUCUCCGCAUCAACGAGCAAGAAGUGGCUCCACGGUCCCCUCAGAUUAAGGAAGAAGAGGAUGAGGCUGACAUCAGCAGGUUGCCACUGAACGUCGUCGUCGUGAAGACCGAAGAUGAUGAUGACGAAUUGCCUGAGUCAUCACAGCAUCAUCUUCGCAUUCCAAGUGGAGACCACCAUGGAGGACCGCAACCAGACACGCGCUUAGCUCCACUGUCAGACAGUGACGACAUAGAAGAAUCUUUGAGGAGCAAUGCAGACUGUGGAGGUGAUGACAGACACUUUCAAAUUUCUGAAAAGGGCACAACUGAUAUGAAAUGUCGCACAGGCAAAAAAAGUUUUACUUGCUCAGUUUGCAGCAAAAUAUUUGCUCGAAAGGAACAUUUGAAAAAACACAUGAGAACACACACAGGAGAAAAACCCUAUAGUUGCUCAGUUUGUGGUGAUGAAUUUACUCAGAAGGUCUCUUUGACCGCACACACAGCGACACACACGGGAGAAAAACCUUUCACGUGCUCUGUUUGCGGCGAAAGCUAUUCUUAUAAGCACAGUUUAAAUGCACACAUGCAGACGCAUACGGGAGAAAAACCCUUUUGUUGCUCAGUGUGCGGCAAAAGAUUCCCCCAGAAGCCAAACAUGAUUAAACACAUGAGGACGCACACGGGGGAGAAACCGUUUUGUUGCUCAGUUUGUGGCGACGCCUUUGCUCACAAGUUCUCCUUGAGUGUACACAUGCGGAAACACACGGGGGAAAAACCUUUCUGCUGCUCAAUUUGCGGCGAUGUGUUUGCUCACAGGUUCUCUUUAAAUGUGCACAUGCGGACACACACGGGAGAGAAACCUUUCAAUUGCACAGUUUGCGGUAAAAUAUUCUCUCAAAGGGCACAUGUGGUUGCACACAUGAGAACACACACGGGAGAAAAACCUUUCACUUGCUCACUUUGUGAUAAAAGUUAUUUCAAGAAGUGCAGUUUGACGACACACAUGCGGAAACACAAUGGUGAAUGAAUGCUUUCCUGCUACGUUUAUAUUAAAGGCCAGUAAUUGAUGCCCGCCCAAAAAUGUUUUUUAGAAUUGCUAUAUUAGCUCACUGGAGGGAAUGGCGAAUGCCAUGUAAAAAAGCCACAGGCACGCCAUGCAGUCAAUCAGUGUUGUUCAUGGUGCAUGUCUUAGUUCGAUAUCUGUAAAUAAAUGAUCUUGCCAUCAAAAGCCUUUCUCGGUCUUCUCUUCAAGUAUGAGGUGUCGGAAAAGCAAAAAUA